AUGAGCCGAAUCCCCCUUCCUCCCGUUGCUGAACCAGCUGCGUUCAGCAAGAACUACAUCUUGUAUUGGAACCAGGUCGGGCUAGAGCUCAAUCGCCUCACCCACACAGUCAAUGGGCCUCAAAGUGGACCGCCACUCUCCGCAAGGGCUCUGGGAAUGCUGCAACUCGCAAUACAUGAUGCCUACUUCGCCAUCAAGCCGUCCGCCACCUUCCAGACCUUCCUAACCCCAGGCGACGAUAUGCCGGAGGCAUACCGCUUGCCCGAUCCCGCUGGUGCUAGUGAUGCCAGACAGGCAGUCGCUGGCGCGGCUAUCUGGAUGCUGGAUAAGCUCUACGCAGAGUUCACUGAAGCCACCGCGUUUAACUCCACCUUACAGCUUAAGAAGCUCCUCGAUGACUCCAUCACCAAGUUUGGCGGCGUUCAUCGGGCCUCCAGGAGCUACAGGUUCGGAGUGGAAGUAGCAAGGGUCAUAUACAGACUUCUUUUCCAUCCAGAAGGUGUAUCUUCCGAAGGCUACUGCCCUGAACCGGGACGCUAUAAAUUUGACGACGAACCGACCCACCCGGUAUUCAUCGUCCCAGCUGACCACAACGAUCCUGAUGGGCCCAUGAAACCCACUCACAGAUACCAUGGCCCAUACUACGGGGCAACUGCGAAACGUCUUGCCACUCAAAGUGAACACAUGAUUGCGGAUCCUCCCGGUAUUCGCACUCAAGAAUGUGAUGGUCUCGCAGAAUAUGAUGAUGCCAUCCGCGAUGUCAUCCGCAUGGGCGGUGCUACCGCCCUCAACUCCACCAAACGCUACCCAUUCCAAACAGCUGUGGGUCACUUCUGGGCAUACGAUGGUUCGAAUCUCAUCGGCACACCGCCGCGCGAGUACAACCAAAUGAUUCGAAUGAUCGCAGUCGCCCACAAGCCGCACCCAGACAUCGACAACGAGCAGAACAACGCCGACUUUGCUCGCAUAUUGGCCUUGGCCAAUGUUGCAAUGGCCGAUGCUGGCGUUUUUGCUUGGAAAGAGAAGUGGGACUUCGAGUUCUGGCGCCCCUUGAGCGGUGUUCGUGACGAUGGCCGUGACGCCCACGGUGAUCCAUUCUUCCUCACCCUUGGCGCCCCCUCCACCAAUACCAAUGACAUCCCGUUCAAACCUCCUUUCCCGGCUUAUCCGAGCGGCCACGCCACAUUCGGCGCUGCUGCGUUCCAAAUCGUCCGUCGCUACUAUAACGGGCGUCUGGGUAACUGGGCAAAGGAUGAGCCAGACAGCAUCGCCUUCGAGUUCCUAUCCGAGGAGCUCAACGGCAUUAGCCGCGACCUGGACAAGCGGUACGAUCCCACUGCCAAGAUCACGGAUCAGCCCGGCAUAGUUCGCACGUGCUGGCCCCGCAAGUUCAAAAGCGCUUGGGAGGCCAUAUUCGAUAACGCCAUUUCACGCGUCUUCCUAGGCGUGCACUGGCGCUUCGAUGCUGCGGCGGCCGAGGACAUCCUAGUUCCGACUAACGUCCCGCAUGUUUAUGCUGUCGAUGAGAACGGCGCUACGAGGUAUAAGCCGGUCAAUGACAUCCGCUAUGUCACAAUGGGGCCGAGGCGAGGCUGUGAGGGGAUGUUCCCAAUCGGCGGUGUGCCGCUCGGUAUGGGCAUCGCGAAUGAGAUCUUUGAGAGUGGCCUGAAGCCCACACCCCCUGAUAUCCAGCCCAUGAAAGGGGCUGAGCAGAAGCCGCCACAGAAGGGUGCCAAUGGAGCCAAUGGGGAGCACGUUUGA